GCUAAGCAUUACAAUCGUGUCAACUUUAAAUCCUGAACAUCAUUGCGACAUUUCCGCCAUUAGAUUUAAUCUGAACAAAAAAACGUUGUCCACAAUGGCGUGUAGGUGUAAGACGUCGGUCACUUGAACUCAUUUGAACAACACGUUUCCUGACUCGUCAGAGCUCGUUCAUUGUUACUCUAAACAAAAAUAAAUAAAGCAAACAUGAGUAAUGUGUACUCGCUGCACGCAGUCCAUCUAUGUUGUCAAAUAAUCUAACAGAAGUCAACCUCUGAAACACAUCGGUGGAUUCACAUAAGUACAAUAAAUUGUCGAUGCUAAAUACGUUACAUUUGAAAAAAUGAAAACAACAUCUACAAUGAAAACAACAUCUACAAUGAAAACAACAUCUACAAUGAAAACAACGAAUCAAGUCACUUUGAAUACAACAGGUACUAAUGUCUCUGGAGUACUAAAGACAUUAACAUCGUCUCUUCGGACUGACAGCAGGCCAACACGUAAGAGUCUACCAAACAAAGCCAAACUUCAAACUGCCUAUAUAGCUAUGUCAUUGAUGGGAGUGAUAACAUUUAUCGCUAUUACCUUGUUGAUAAUCGUCUGCGUCUUUUAUGUCUACCAAAUUCCGGUACCUGUAAAACUUCAAAAGUUAUUGAGCCGAUUUAAAGUAACAAGAUUUGUUAGAGACAGGCCCAGAACCACAUUACCAAAUCAGUGUAAUGCCAUCAUAGAUGUUCACAAUAGCGAAGUGGAUCAAUUUCUUCUGUUUGAUCUGGAUACCCCAACAUCUGUAGUAUCCAAUACAGUGAUAGAUACAAAGUACAGUGACAUAGAUGUUAGCGAUGAUGAACUCUACAUCAACAGUCCUUCUUUGAGCAGUUGUCACCUACUGCAGACACAAAAAGAUGUUGCUGUCAAAGUCCCUUUAAAUCCGCUCCUAAAGAGCCAAAUAUUUUCUGGCUCGGAGCCAACACUAAAUUACAAACAGAAAACUUAUGUCUCCAGAGUCAAGAAGAAUUUAUUUCAUUAUACAAACUGUCGAAUACGUGAGGACCAAACGAAAUUCAAUCUUCAAUGUCUGGAGUCUAAAAGCACUAGUGACAUCUACAGCAACAGUCAAGAAGCUACACAAGUCUAUUCUCACCUGCACGACUUCACCCAGUUCCAACAGAGUCCCAAUGUUUACAACGGAUGAUGAGAAGACAAGUCAAUGAAGACAUUUUAUAGCCAGAUGUGACAUUUUAUAGCCAGAUGUGACAUUUUAUAGCCAGAUGUGACAACAUUUGUAUUUCUAAACAUAUGAAAAUUGUGAUGAUUUUUUUUUUCAGGAAAACAAAUUAAUGUAAUCAUUGAAUAGCUCGUCAAUUUUGUAAGCGAGAGUCAGAAAACACAAUUAAAAUUUCUGUGAGAAAUCAGAGAAAAAUAAAAAUGAUAAGCAUAA